AUGAAUGAAGCAAAGGGAUCUAAGUAUCCAAUGGAUCCGGGCUAUUUCAAAUUGUGCAAGGAUAGUAAGCAACUGAAGGACAAUGAAGAAUAUCGUAGUUUGAUUGGUUCCCUGCUAUAUCUGGCUACUAACAGCCGUCCAGACAUUGCAGCUUGUGUUGGAAUUCUUAGUCGUAAACUCAGUUGUCCGUCCGAAGUUGAUUGGAGGGAGAGUCAGAGGAUACUCCGUUACCUGGCGUAUACAGUUAAUUACAAGCUACAGUUGGGGAAUCUGGAGGAUGAAUUUGAGCUGAUUGGCUACUGUGAUGCCGAUUGGGCAGGUGAUCCCAGUGACAGAAAAUCUUGCAGUGGAUAUGUGUUUCGUAUAGGAGAAGCUACAGUCAGCUGGGCCAGUAGAAAGCAAAGCUGUGUGACACUUUCGACGAUGGAGGCGGAAUACGUUGCACUCUCAGAGGCUGCUCACGAAGUCGUAUGGUUACGGAAUUUACUGAAGGAGUUAGGUCAGGAGCAGAUAAAGCCAACUGUAAUGUACGAAGACAAUAAGGGUUGCAUCGAUUUUGUUGCUCUUGACCAGCAUAAAAAGAGGACGAAACACAUUGAUACACGAUAUCAUUAUACUCGUGAACUUUCGUCAUCAGGAGCUGUUGAGUUGAGAUAUCGUCCAUCGGAAGAAAUGUUAGCGGAUAUCUUCACAAAGCCGCUGAACACUACUAAAAUGAAAAAGUUGUCAAAGGACUUGGGAUUGAUUAAUAAACCAGAUAAUGGAGCAUAG